AUGGCAGGAGUCUGGAAGGCACUAGUGCUGGUGGUAGGCCUGGCAGCGGUGGCUUGUGUGGCCCACCGCCGACAGAGCUAUGAGGAGAUUGUCAACCAGGCCGUGCAGUUCUUCAAUCAGGGACGAGGAAGGAAGCCCCUCUUCCGCCUGCUGGAGACCAUCCCACCACCACCAUGCUUCAACAUUACCUCAAAGAUCCCUCUCAGCUUCAGGAUUAAGGAGACUGAGUGCCUUUCAACCCAGCAGAGAAGGCUUCAAAACUGUGCUUUCCGGGAAGGCGGGGAGGAGCGAAACUGCACGGGUAACUUCUUCAGAGCGAGGAAUCUCCGUGUCCUAACGCUGGACUGCUCCAGGGACACCCAGCGUAUGCUAGAGGCCUUUCUGGAGAGACGGGAGAGACGCUCAGUGGAGUCCUCGCAAGACAGCCCUCCUGAGGCUGACCUCAAAAAGCUGCCACCUGCGGCCAGGGACAUCUAUGAGAAAGCCAAGUACGACAUCAUAGCCAACAUCCUGAAGAACUUCUAG